AUGUGUUUCUCUUCCAUCCCAGAAGCCAACAUGCCGUCUGAAUCUAACAUUACUGUUCGAGAUGCCAUCAGGGACACAGACUCCAAUAUGUACCAGCCACUGUCUUACCCGCUGAGCUUUCAAGUUUCCCUCACCGGAUUCCUGAUGCUGGAAAUUGUCCUAGGGCUCGGCAGCAACCUCACCGUAUUAGUACUUUACUGUUUGAAGUCCAAUUUAAUCAACUCGGUCAGUAAUAUUAUUACCAUGAACCUCCACGUUCUCGACGUCAUCAUUUGUAUGGGGUGCAUUCCUCUGACCAUCGUCAUCCUUCUGCUCCCCCUGGAGAACAAUUCUGCGCUGGUCUGCUGCUUCCACGAGGCCUGCGUGUCCUUCGCCAGCGUGUCCACCGCCAUCAACGUCUUCGCCAUCACUCUGGACCGCUACGACAUCUCUGUGAAGCCCGCAAACCGGAUCUUGACGAUGGGAAGG